AGUUGUGUUGCUAUUUGGAGAGAGCGAAGGAAACAGAGAGGACAGAGAGAGAGAGAGAGAGAGAGAGUGUAGCUGGCAGAGAGCAGAGGACGAAACGACAAUGGCUUCUUUGAUCAACAGGUCUUUGACUUCUAUCUGCAACUCCAAAUCAGCGAUGUGCAUCGAAACUCGAUUUCCGAGUCGGUUUCGCGUUGGGUUCACUUCUCCGAGCCUCAGCAAUUCCGGGAAGGUCUCUUCUUCUUCGAUAGUCUGCAAAGCUGUGUCUGUGAAGCCUCAAACUGACAUUGAAGGCCUCAACAUUGCCGAUGAUGUCUCUCAGCUUAUUGGGAAAACUCCAAUGGUGUAUUUGAAUAAUAUUGUAAAGGGGUCUGUUGCAAACAUAGCCGCCAAGCUUGAGAUCAUGGAGCCAUGUUGCAGUGUCAAGGACAGGAUUGGACACAGUAUGAUAACUGAUGCUGAGCAGAGGGGUCUUAUAACACCAGGGAAGAGCAUUCUGGUGGAGCCAACUAGUGGAAACACUGGCAUUGGACUUGCAUUUAUAGCUGCUUCAAAAGGAUAUAAGCUCAUAUUGACAAUGCCAGCCUCAAUGAGUCUAGAAAGAAGGGUUCUUUUUAAAGCUUUUGGAGCUGAGCUUGUUUUGACUGAUUCUGCUAAGGGGAUGAACGGAGCAGUUCAGAAAGCUGAAGAAAUUUUGAAUAGCACGCCAAAUGCCUACAUGCUUCAACAAUUUGACAAUCCUGCAAAUCCAAAGGUUCACUAUGAGACAACUGGUCCAGAGAUCUGGGAAGAUACAAGAGGCAAGGUGGACAUUUUUAUUGCAGGGAUCGGCACUGGUGGAACAAUUUCUGGGGUUGGUCAGUUCCUUAAACAGCAAAAUCCUAGCAUAAAGGUUAUUGGUUUGGAACCGUUAGAAAGCAACAUACUCUCUGGUGGGAAGCCUGGUCCUCACAAAAUUCAAGGAAUCGGAGCAGGUUUUAUACCCAGAAAUUUGGAUCAAGCUAUAGUUGAUGAAAUCAUAGCGAUAUCCAGUGACGAAGCUGUAGAAACUGCAAAGCAGCUGGCACUCCAGGAGGGCUUGUUGGUUGGAAUUUCUUCUGGAGCAGCAGCAGCCGCUGCGCUCAAAGUUGGAAAGAGACCUGAGAAUGCGGGAAAGCUUAUUGCGGUUGUUUUUCCGAGCUUCGGUGAACGAUAUUUGUCCUCGGUUCUUUUCCAAUCAAUACGAGAAGAGUGUGAGAAAAUGCAACCUGAGCCUUGAAAAAGUUUUUCAAGUCAAGAGACGUCUUUUUGUUAUUCUUUUGUUUCUUUCCAAAAAUUUUACUUUCUGAGCUCAAAUUAUGCAAAUAAUUUCAAAGAUUAGGUCUAUACAACAUGUAUGACCUCAUGUUCAAUUUGUUAAUAAUGGUGAUUGGUUUCGAAUGGUGAAUGGAACUGUGGCAAUUGAUUUUCAGUCAUUGAAAAAUUGUGAA